AUGGAAUCAUAUUCACCAUCAAUUCAAAAACUAUGUGUUUUCUUAAAACCAGAAUCAGAUAUUUCAAACACUGGUAUUUCAUACUUAAAUAAUUUCCUCGCUGAUAUGAGCAAUGCCAUCAUUGUUGAAUCAAUUCAUAGUUCAAAAUCACAUAAACACAAGACAAUUCUAAUUGAAGACAUUGAAUCAGCACUCAAUGUUGUUUUCCCAUCUGAAAUUGCAGACUCAAUUAUUAAUCAAUCAAAAGGUCGUAUUCAAAGUACUUCUUUAAAGAAUUUAAUGCAAGUUAAAACUUUUAAUAAUGGUGGUAAUAAUAAUAAUAAUAAUGAACAAGAUAAUGAUCUACAAGAAAAAGAACAAAAUGAAUUAUCAGAUGAUUCAGAUGUUGAAGGAUUUGAAAUUAUACCAAAUAAUAACAAUAUCUACUCACAUGACGUUAGUCUUUGUUUUCCAAUUGAUUUGGUGUGUCGUGUAACAUUGGAUUACAUUUGUAGAAAGAAGGUAAUCCACCAGAAUCCAUCCGAUUUCUACAAGGUGAUAGAACAACAACAAUCGAAUCACGUUAUCUAUACCUACAUCUCUUAUGCAUUGGAGGUUAUCACCACCAAGAUUUUAAUUAAAAUUUCUUCAUCCACAGACUUGAUCGAUGAAGAUAUCAUCCGAAAAGUCAUUCAAGAUAAUCAUCAUUUAAAUUCAGUUCGUCAUAAAAAUAUUCAAGCUUCAAAUAUUGCUGGUAAAUUGUUAGAUUCUUCUUCCUCUUCAAAUUCUAAUUUACAAACUUCCUUAUCUUCUUCUUUUAUUUUCUCUUCAAGUAGUAAUAAUACUACUACUUUUACACAACAAGAACAACAAGAACAAUUCAACGACGAUAAAAUUAGUGGUGAUGAAAUUGAAUUUGAAAUUAAUAAUAGUAAAUAUUUGGAAAAAGAGGAUAAAAAAGAUCAAUUAAUUCAAAAAGAUGAAGAAAUUAUUUUAAAAACUUUUAAUGAUAAUAAUAAUAAUAAUAAUAAUAAUAAUAAUAAUAAUAAUAAUAAUAAUAAUAAUAAUAAUAAUAAUAUUAAUAUUAAUAACGAUAAUGAUAAUAAUAAUAAUAAUAAUAAAAAUAAUGAUAAUAAAAAUUAUGAUAAUAAUAAUAAUAAUAAUGCCGAUAAAAUAGAAAAACUAUCACCUGUAAAUAAUAAUGUAAAAAAUAGCGAAAUUGAAAAAAAUAUAGAAAAAUUAAAAAAUAUAAAUAAUAAUAAUAAUGUUGAAAUUAAUGAAGCUUUAAUUUCAAUCAUUAAAGAAACUUGUAAAAAUAUUCCUUCUUCAUCAUUUUCUUCUGUAAAAAACUUGAAACGUUCACCACCAUCUUUAUUUAAAUUCAAAGAGCCAAUCGAUUUGGUUCAAGUUUUAGCUGAAGGAGGUAUACAUAUGGAAGCAACGUGA